UGAUUAUCGCACACAGCGGCGCGCUUCCCUGACAUUAAUGACCGCGCGCGCGUCUCUCCUCGCGUUAAACGACAACGGGAGCCUUCAAGCGGAUUUACGAGCGAAACCACAGUUGAUUUCUGCGUUCGCGGACGGAGCUGCGCCGGGGAAAUGCAGAGCCACGGAGGCGAGCGUCAGCAGCGAUAAAACGCGCAGGUGGGAUGUCGUGAAUCUGUCGGGUGACUCUGGUGCCAAUGGGAGCUGCUGCAGCAUCAUGAGCUGCCAUGAUGCCGGAGGGCGCCGGCGUUACGAGGACUCGGAGUUCACAUUGCGCGUGUAUCCCGGCGCUCUGUCCGAGGGCACCAUCUACUGCCCCGUCUCGGCGCGGAAGGUGACGUCGGCGGCGGAGGUCAUCGAGCGCGUCAUCGAGCGGCUGCAGCUGGACCGCGCGCGCCUCUACGUGCUUGCCGAGGUCAAGGAGUUCGGCGGCGAGGAAUGGAUCCUGAACCCCUGCGACUGUCCCGUGCAGCGCAUGAUGCUGUGGCCGCGCAUGGCGCUGGAGAACCGGCUGGCCGGAGAGGAUUACCGCUUUCUGCUGCGCGAGAAGGAUCUGGACGGAUCCAUCCGCUACGGAAACCUGCAGAUGUGGCUUCGUGUAACUGAGGGGCGGCGACGGAUGGUGGAGCGCGGACUCCUCCCGCAGCCUCCGUACGUCGACGAUCUCUGCGCGCUGCCCGAUCUAAACGAGCGGACUUUGCUGGAGAACUUGCGCGGACGCUUUCGGCAGGAGAAAAUUUACACGUACGUCGGCGGGAUCCUGAUCGUCGUCAACCCCUUCAAGUUCCUGCCCAUCUAUAACCCCAAAUACGUUAAGAUGUACGAUAAGCAGCGGCUGGGGAAGCUGGAGCCGCACAUUUACGCGGUGGCUGAUGUGGCGUAUCACGCCAUGCUGCAGAGGAGGAGGAACCAGUGCAUCGUGAUCUCGGGAGAGAGCGGAUCAGGAAAGACGCAGAGCACCAACUUCCUCAUCCACCACCUGACGGCGCUCAGCCAGAAGGGCUUCGCCAGCGGCGUGGAGCAGAUCAUCCUCGGGGCCGGACCUGUGCUGGAGGCUUUUGGAAAUGCCAAAACGGCCCAUAACAAUAAUUCCAGCCGCUUUGGCAAGUUUAUUCAAGUCAACUAUCAGGAGAGCGGGACUGUGAGAGGAGCUUAUGUGGAGAAGUAUCUUCUGGAAAAAUCACGACUGGUUUAUCAGGAGCACAAUGAGAGGAACUAUCAUGUGUUUUACUACCUGCUGGCUGGAGCGAGUGAAGAAGAAAGAAAAGCGUUUCAUCUCCUCAAACCAGAGGAGUAUCAUUACCUGAACCAGGACUGUUUCACGGUGGAAGGGGAAGAUCUGAAGCAUGACUUUGAGCGACUCCAGCUGGCCAUGGAGAUGGUGGGCUUCCUGCCGACCACCAGAAAACAGAUCUUUUCUUUACUGUCUGCGAUUCUUCUCCUGGGAAAUAUCCGUUACAAGAAGAAGACGUACAGAGACGACUCCAUCGAUAUCUGCAACCCAGAGGUGCUUCCUAUCAUCUCUGAACUGCUGGAGGUGAAGGAGGAAAUGCUUUUCGAGGCUCUGACCACACGAAAGACAGUGACGGUGGGCGAGAGGUUGAUCGUGCCGUACAAACUGGCCGAGGUGAGAUGUCGUGGUGGUUUUUGUGAGGUUUGUGGUCUGAAGUGUCAGAUCCUGUCCAUCGGUGUGCUGGACAUCUUCGGCUUUGAGGACUACGAGAACAACAGCUUCGAGCAGUUCUGCAUCAACUUCGCCAACGAGACGCUGCAGCAUUACUUCAACCAGCACGUCUUCAAGCUGGAGCAGGAGGAGUAUCGCUCGGAGGGCAUCAGCUGGCACAUGAUCGACUACAUCGACAACACGGCCUGCAUCAACCUCAUCAGCAAGAAACCCACCGCGCUGCUCCACCUGCUGGACGAGGAGUGCAAUUUUCCGCAGGCGUCUAAUCAGACUCUGCUGGAUAAGUUUAAGCGGCAGCACGAGGGAAACGGCUACAUCGAGUUCCCAGCCGUCAUGGAGCCGGCGUUCAUCAUCCGACACUACGCCGGCAAAGUCAAAUACAGCGUCAAGGACUUCAGGGAGAAGAACACGGAUCACAUGCGUCCGGAUAUCGUGGCUCUGCUGAAGAGCAGCCGAAAUGCUUUCAUCUGUGGCCUGAUGGGAAUCGAUCCGGUGGCCACCUUCCGCUGGGCCGUGAUCCGCGCCUAUUUCCGAGCGCUCGUCGCCUUCAGAGAAGCCGGGAAACGGCACAAGGAGAAGAUGACGACGACGAGCGGUGAGAAACAGUGUCAUUACAAACCAGAUCCUGUCAUGCAGCUAAAUGGUCCGGUUCAGAAUCAGAAAAGUGUGGACAGCUUCAGUUUCCUGCAUCAUCCUGUUCACCAGCGGAGCCUUGAGAUCCUGCAGCGAUGCAAAGAUGACAAAUACAAUUCCAGCAUCAGCCGGAGGAGUCCACGCACUCCACUAUCAGACCUGCAGGGAACAAACACGCGCCGCGAGAACAUGAGCAGGAGGUGCGAACGCGUCUCGUCUCACCAGGAGGAGGGCAUCUUCGUGAACUCGGUGAAUAAUAAGCUGCUGGAGCGAGCGCAGGGCAUCCUGAUGAGAAACAAGAACUGCAAGACCAAGCCCAGCCUCCCGAAGCACCUGCUGGAUGUGAGAUCACUGAAGUAUCUGAGCGGCCUGACGCUCCACGACCGCAUCACCAAAUCACUGCUGCAUCUGCACAAGAAGAAGAAGCCUCCCAGCAUCAGCGCACAGUUCAACGUGUCUCUGAAUAAGCUGAUGGAGACUCUGGGACAGUCGGAGCCGUACUUUGUGAAAUGCAUCCGCUCUAAUGCGGAAAAGCUUCCUCUGCGUUUCAGCGACGUGCUGGUGUUGAGACAGUUACGUUACAGCGGCAUGCUGGAGACGGUGCGGAUACGGCGCUCCGGAUACAGCGUCAAAUACAGCUUCCAGGAUUUUGCCCAUCAUUUCCGUGUGCUGUUACCGGCGGGCUUUCACACCUCUCAGACGGGAAUCAGACAGUUCCUGCAGGGCGUCGACCUCGAGCCCAAUGGACAUCAAGUGGGCAGAAGCACGGUGUUCCUGCGGGAGCGUCUGCGGCAGCGUCUGCAGGAGCAGCUUCAUCAGGAGGUGCUGAGGAGGAUCGUGUGUCUGCAGAGGAGCUUCAGGACACAGCAGGAGAGGAGACGCUUCUGCAGACAGAGACGAGCCGCUCAACUCAUACAGCGCUGGUGGGGGGCCUGUCUGACUCGCGCUGACGCGGAUCUCCAGCAGGGGGCGGCGCUGCGUCUGCAGGCGGCCUGGAGAGGCUUUAGAGAGCGCCGGCUGUUCCUGCGGCGGAGGAGAGCGGCGCUGAUCAUCCAGACGCGCUGGAGGAGAGUCCUGCAGACGCGACACUCGGCCGCGCGCCUUAUACAGUCUGUCUGGAGGAGCCUCAGACAGAGACACAGCUUCCUGCAGCAGCGCCGUGCCGCCGUCACGCUACAGGCCGCCUGCAGGGGGCAGCGUGAGCGCCACAGGUGCCGCAUUCUUCGAGAGCAGCGACGUGGAGAGAAAAGCCUCUGUGAAAACACUGUGAGCAAAAGUUUACACGCCCAACAAAACCCACCCGAAGUCCAAGAGGAGAAGGGAGAAACCCAGUCCGCCGAACCUCUCAGAAGCGUAGACGACAGUACGCUGAAGAGCCGCUCCAAACGCCAAAGCAGGAGGCAGCGGGAGCUCCAGCAAGCCACCUUCAGUUUAGAGCUGCUCAAAGUGCGCUCCGCUUCAGUGGACGACGCACUUCCCGCUCAGAGCCCUCUCUCCAGACAUCUUCCCUCGGAGAGCCAGGGAAGCUUCGAGCUCCUCGGCUGUCCCGACGAGGAACCGACGGCGCCCGAACCCAAGCCGAUGGAGGAGAACCAGAGCAGUCUGGCCUCCUUCAAACCUCACUUCUACAUCGCAGAUGAGGACAGCAGCCCGCUCAAACAAGCUCGGGAGAAAAAGGAGUCCGUUGUGGUCAUAAUCCGCAUGCAGAAGGAGAUGCCUGUGGACCAAAGCAGCCUGGAAGCUCUGCAGAAACACGAGACGAUGGACGCUGAGGAGAUUCACAGAGAAACCGACGACAGAUCGAAUGGAUCGUCUUCUCCAGAUCCUCCUGAGCCUCAAACCAUCGCACCUUGUUCUUCCAAACCCCUCCAGCUGGACUCGAGGGACUCGGUUCGAGAAGUGGCUUCAGAGCCCAAGAAGGAGGUUCAGAAGAAGUUUGUAGCUCAGAGCAUCAGCAUCAGUAUGAAGGAGAAAGCCUUCUCUCCCAAACGCAGCCGACUGACCUUCUCCAAGUCGGAUAAAGACCUGGUGAAUCAGGAACGAUCACAGGCGAUCCAAAGAGAGGCAGGAUUCAGAUCGUUAAAAAACAGAGAGAAAGAGCAGAAGAGGAUCCAGAAGACCAUGUCGUCAGGGGACCUUGGGAAAAUGGAUUUGCUCAGGAAGUCGAUCUCGCAAACAGACGGCAGGGUCAGAGGCAAAAUGCGGUUCUGGAGUAAGAGCAAACAUGGAGAUAAAAAGAUGUCCACCAGGGAGUGCUCUGCAGAUUCAGAGCUCAACGACAGGAGGAACGACUCUCCUCUGGGAAGCCCGGAGCAGGCCGGACUGUCGGAGCGCGGACGCGACAGCAAGGAGAACCGUGAGCCGAUGAUGGGCAUGAUGUCGAUGAAGAGGAGACGCAGUGUGAAGAUCAGUAGCGUGUCUCUAGAAUCGUCCGCCUGGCAGAACGACUCGCUGCACAUCCUCACCAGCACUGCAGACUAUCGCAGCAUGAACGACUUCCUCAUGAAGAAGUGCAUGAAAAUUUGGUCUUUCAUCCAAACGACGUUUCCCAACAGGGUCAGAGGCAAAAUGCGAUUCUGGAGUAAAAGCAAACGUGACGAUAAAAAGAUGUCCACCAGGGGGCGCUCCGCAGAUUCAGAGCUCACCGACUCUCCUCUAGGAAGCCCUGAGCAGGCCGGACUGUCCGAACGCGGACACGACAGCAAGGAGAACCGCGAGCCCAUGAUGAGCAUGAUGUCGAUGAAGAGGAGACGCAGUGUGAAGAUCAGUAGCGUGUCGCUAGAAUCCUCCGCCUGGCAGAACGACUCGCUGCACAUCCUGACUAGCACCGCUGACUAUCGCAGCAUGAACGACUUCCUCAUGAAGAAGAUCAGCGAUCUAGAAGCUGAAGACAGUCAGAAGGACACACCUGUGGAUGUGGUUUUCAAGAAGGCUCUGAAAGAGUUCCGCCUCAACAUCUUCAACUCGUACUCUACUGCUCUGGCCAUGGAUGAUGGCAGGAGCAUUCGUUAUAAAGAUCUCUACGCUCUGUUCGAACACAUCUUAGAGAAGAACAUGCGUCUGGAGCAGAGAGACUGGAGCGAGUCGCCGGUUAAAGUCUGGGUCAACACCUUCAAAGUCUUCCUCGAUGAGUUCAUGACGGAAUACAAGCCAAUGAAUGGAACCAUCACUAAGGCUCCUAAACCUGAGAGGAAGAAGAGGAGGAAAAAGGAAUCCGACACCGUGGAAGAGCACAUGGGUCACAUCUUUAAAUCCACUCAGUACAGCAUCCCGACCUACUGCGAGUUCUGUUCGUCUCUCAUCUGGAUAAUGGACAAAGCGUGUGUCUGCAAACUCUGUCGCUAUGCAUGUCACAGGAAGUGCUGUCUGAGGAUGACCACCACAUGCAGUAAGAAGUUUGACCCCGAGCUGUCUUCACGGCAGUUUGGAGUGGAGUUGUCUCGUUUAACGAGCGAUGAGAGAGCCGUCCCCCUGGUGGUGGAGAAGCUGAUCAACUACAUCGAGAUGCACGGCCUGUACACCGAGGGCAUCUACAGGAAGUCUGGAUCCACCAAUAAAAUCAAAGAACUCAAGCAGGGGCUGGACACCGAUGCGAACAGCGUGAAUUUAGACGACUACAACAUCCAUGUGAUCGCCAGUGUGCUGAAGCAGUGGCUGCGUGACCUUCCCAACCCCCUCAUGACCUUUGAACUUUAUGAGGAGUUUCUCAGGGCUAUGGGUCUGCAGGAUAAAAGUGAGGUGGUUCAGGGAGUUUAUUCGGUCAUCGAUCAGCUCAGCCGAACUCACCUGAGCACACUGGAGAGACUCAUAUUCCACCUGGUCCGGAUCUCAUUCCAGGAGGAGACGAACCGCAUGUCUGCAAACGCACUGGCCAUCGUGUUUGCACCCUGCAUACUGCGCUGUCCCGACACCACCGACCCGUUACAGAGCGUCCGGGACAUCGGCAAGACCACCGCGUGUGUGGAGCUGGUCAUCUGCGAGCAGAUGAGGAAAUAUAAAGCCCGUCUGAAGGACAUCAACACACUAGAGUUUGCCGAGAACAAAGCCAAGAGUCGGCUGACGCACAUCCGGAGAUCUCUGGGUAAGGCGCGUUUACGCAAAAGCGGCCGCCACACGCCCUCGCCGCCCUUAAGCCCUCGGGCCGAGAGGGAGGAGCCAGGCGAGGAGGGGGCGGAGCCUGGGCUGAGUGAGCAGCAGCAAGCAGCCAUGCAGCAGGAGGAGAACGUUUUGACUCAGCAGAUAGAAAACCUGCAGAAAGAGAAGGAAGAACUGACCUAUGAGAUGCUGGCUUUGGAUCCCAGAGCGUCCGAUGACGAGAUGCUGGAGUCGGAAGCGUCUAUCGGAACGGCAGACAGCUCGGAAAACCUCAUGGAGUCGGAGGGUGCCGCGUCCGAUCAAUGGGAAAAAAGCCCCGGCGCGUCAUCGGCGACACGCUGGAGGAAGUCCGAGUCCAAAAGCAGACGCGGUUUACGCCGUCAGCCUGAAUCUCUGGACUCGGUGGACUCCGUGUCGUCCACGCCUCACUAUCGCUUUCGCUCGUCCUCUUCCGGGCCGCUAUUUUCGGCCGCCUCUCCCGGGGACUUGCACAUUCUCCCCGACCAGGAGGGCUCCGCACAGGCUUCCCUGACCACCCGAUGUGCCUCCAGCUCCGAGAAAACCCAUCCCCGGCCCAGAGGGAACCGAAGCUGCCCGCCAAAGCCCCGCGAGCCGGGAGAAGGCGGCAGCGGCGGCAGCCGGAGAAGAGAGCAUGACUUCAGUUCUUCUCAGCCUUUGGUGCUGUAUGGGAGUAAUGAAUUUAUGGUGUGACGACGAUGGCGUCCAACAUUAGCCGGAGCCGGUAAAGCAGAAACACCAAUGGACGUCCGAAUAACAUUUGAAGUGAAAGAGAAAACGCUUGGAAAUCAGCCUUCAAUUGCUCUCCCUUCCAGUGAACAAAAUGUAAGGAAGGUGCUAAAAACGAUGCUCGUGAACGACCUACUGACUGUAACGGACCUGCUGGACCGGUCUGUUUUCACAACAAGAAUAGCUGAACAGGGAAAGAGCGAUUUUUAAUCAACGCGCAAUGUCCAUUUUCAUGUUUACAGAACUGAGCCAAUGAGAAGUCAAGAGACUUCAACUGACUGCAUGCCGUAUUGCUACCAUAUUGUUUUCACUCUAUGAUUAAAACCUUUGAUAAAGUGCUAAAUAUGUAAAAUAAUAUUAUAUUAUGGAUAAGGGUCGAACGAAUCGUGUAAAUAGCUGAAAUACCUGUGCUGCUGGUUGAACCAUGUGAAAAUAACGUCUUUUUGUGUCGCAGAUUGAAAACGAGAGCGUAUGAAUCUGGUGUCUGUAUGUUGUUUCUUAUGGGUCUGACAAAAACGCACAUGAUUUAGGUAUUUUCAUCCCAUUUUUGCAUAAUGCAAACAAUCUUGGUUUUCUUUAUGCAAAAUCGGUUUGAUUGUGGAGUGAAAUCUGACCCGGGCAUGAGCUUUAACCCACGUUUUUUGGUUCCAGGAACACGUUUUCCAUUCAGAUGAAAAAGCAAAAGGAUGAUAAGGGAUGAAAAGUUAGAUGUGUUUGUUUGUCUCAUGAUUAUUUGAUGUAGUUUUACUCGCCAUCCUUUUUUUUCUCAUCAGUGUUAUGUGCAACCGAAUCAGGACUUGAAAAUAUAUUUAGUUUUUUUGGUAAAUUGCUUUUUUAAAGUAUAUUGUGUGUUACACAUGCUGAUAUUUUAUUGUGAAUUUCAAGUAUAUGAAUAUGUUUGGUGUUCCAUUGUGCCAUCUGCAGUCACAUGCUUAGUUGGCCAUAACAUCCUUUCUGUUUAAAAACUUAAUUUAAUUUAGGGCUAAUUUAUCACAAACAUCCUCUGCUGUGGAUUUUUACCCUUUAAACUGUCAUUAGUAUAUUAACAUGCAAAUUUACGGCAGUAAAAUUCAUAGAAAAUCAAGGACACGUAACGGCAAAAAGCUCAAAGCUUAACUAUAUAGUACGUUUACGCAGUCAACAUUGCUGUUUAUGUGCAGGGAAUGUGUCUCCAGAAGCUGUUUACUCUUUUCGAUGUGCUGUUACAGAUCUAUAUCUAUGUCUAUAUCAGUCAUAGCCUAUUGCAAGAAACCAUCACCAUGGUGCAAUAUCACAAGAGACAUUAAGCUAUGUUUUAUGUUCUGAUAAGUAUGCUUGGGUACUGUCCUGAACUUUAAGUCCACUAAUGCUCAAAAACAGGCGGUAAGAAGGAAACGGUUGUUUGUUGCGUCCUGCAUAAGUGAAUGUAAUCACUGUAGCAUGCCACACUAUUGUCAAAGUUUCUCUUUUACAGCUACUGUAUUUCAGAACACGUCUGAAGCCGGAAACAUACUCUGUGCAAAAGCGCAAACCCCGAAUGCAGUCCCUAACAUAUUUAACAUGUAUUAAGGUGUGGUCACAAAUUUCAACAGAGUUUUGUGUGAAAAAGGUGUGUUAUCCAUUCCUACUGGAUUGCUAUUGGGAUGACUGGAUUGGAUUUGGAUGCAAGAGUAAAUGUCACUGCACCGUUUUACUGUGGCUUCAUAACUCAUUGGGUUAUGGAGGCCAAAAAAAACAAUUUUAAUAACAUGCUUUAGUGAGUCAGAUUGAAAAGCUGAAAUUUACUUGUCAUAAUUAUGACAUACUAAGUUGUAAUUAUGACUUUAAACGUUGAAAUUGACAAAAAAAAGU